UUUCACAUCCUUGAUCGUGUCUGGCUGCUUACAUUUGUCUCUGUUAAAGUUGAUGAGUUUAUGUGUGGAGAUGGUGGUGUGUCUGUGUGUUCAUGUGGACAUGGUGACCAGUGAUCCGUGAGAUCUCCAGAAGGAGUGGGAGGGGGUGUGCAUGCAGGAGCUGGAAACAUGCUGAAGAGGCCACAGACGCUCAGGUACAUUUUGUGCAGUUGUUCAGCAACAGAGGCAGCAGUGCAUGUAAGAGGAGCUGAAAUUGAGCUUCAAAUGGCUUCCUGGAUGGCACUGUAGUUUACAACAGUGGAACUGUCACUUGGAAUAAGCAGGAAACACCAAGAAGGCAAGUCUGCAUUGAGGUUCACUCUCACAUAUGGAAGCAAACGGCAGGAACAGAGCAAUGUGAAGUGGUGGAACUGGAGGCUGUUGCUAAGGUCCAAGCAGCUGGAACUGUAUCGCUCCAAGGAAUAACAAUCUCUUUCUCCAGAACCUUAACUGGUGGGAUGAUAAGGCGCCAGGAAUAACCAAGUGCUCCUGGCAUUUAAUACGCUGUCCAUAUUUCUAUCUUGUUUGCUGUCAAUGAUGAGUACAGAAACUCUAUCACUUGGCUAACAUCCUUGAAACCCAGCUGUAAUGGAUGGAGAUGUGAAUCCAGACACCACUGACGAAGAAGCUAGCAGCAUUUCGGAAAGCCUGAGGUUAAGUGGCACCAGAAACCUAAGCUUCCUGCCUGUUUUAUAUGCUAACUUAUCAGCGUCCUGCAGUAUAGAUGAAAGUUACAAAUAUGUGUUCCUUCCACUCUGCUACUCCUUUACUUUUGUUUUCAGUCUCAGCCUCAAUGCAGUCAUUCUUCAUCGCUCUUUCAGGAGGACAAAGCGCUGGAACCCUUCACUCAUCUACAUGGUCAACUUGGCCUCCACCGAUUUCAUGUAUGGCCUGUCACUGCCCUUUCUGGUUGCCAGUUAUGUCAUGAAAGACUGCUGGGUCUUUGGUGAUUUCAUGUGUCGCUUAGUACGCUUUUUAUUUUAUUUCAACCUGUACUGCAGCAUCUUCUUCCUCACAUGCAUCUCCUUUCACCGCUAUCUUGGCAUCUGCCACCCAAUGAAGACAAUCACCUUGGAAACGAAACGCACCGUCAAGGGUAUCUGCAUUUUAGUGUGGGCAGUUGUCUUUGCCUUCACUAGUCCUAUAUUUCAUUUUGCUAAGACUGGCCAAGUACAAAAGGGCACAGUAAACUGCUGGGAUGAUGCCAUGGAGCAUGACUUGCCCCACUAUGUGCCCUAUGGGAUUCUGCUACAUAUCCUUGGCUUUUUCAUCCCCUUCUCCAUUAUAGGCUGGUGUUACUCUAGAGUAGUCCGUACAAUCUUUCAAACUUUGCGCUCCCAGCAACAGUUACAAGCUGGUGCACUUUCAGCUGUGACCACUCCCGGAUUUUACAAACGCCGCAAAUCUAUUAAAACCAUCAUUACUAUCACCUUCCUUUUCGCACUGUGCUUCUUUCCAUUUCAUGUGACCCGUACCAUCUUCUUACUCCUGAAAGUCUCCUCUGGCAUUGACUGCAGAUCCAUGCGACUAGUGUCCAUCUGUUAUAAAGUGACCAGGCCACUGGCUUCUUUUAAUGCCUGGCUAAAUGCUCUGCUCUAUUUCUUGACUAAGGAGAAGUGGGCUCAAGGAUGUCUGAAAAGUAGCAAGAAGAAGCAGGAGAGCCUUAAUCAUGAUUCAAAGUCUUCAGGAAAUAUCUUUAAGACUUUACCCUGAAUAAACUUAACAGGCUGCAGUUCAUUAAUGAUCUUGGCUUGACAUCCUGAUGGGAGCAUAA